UCCAAGUGUCGGGCGCCUCAGCCUCCUCCACGGCUUCGCGUCCCCUCUGCCCGUUCGCUGAGCGCGCGGAUGAGUGGGAGCCCGGGGCUGCGCGCGGCUCUCUGCCUCAGGCUCCCCCCGCCGCGUCCGCGUCCUCCCACUCCGCCUUGUCGCGCUCACCGUGCCCUGCCGGGACUCGCACCUCGCCUGUGCCCUUCACUCGUCUUCCUCGUGAUUUCCCCGCUGCCGGUCUCCUCCAACUGGGAAUGCUAAAACAGGACUGAUGGACGUGUCCGAACUCUGCAUCCCGGACCCCCUCGGCUACCACAACCAGCUGCUGAACCGAAUGUCCUCCGAAGAUCGGCACCUGGGCUCCAGUUGCGGCUCCUUCAUCAAGACGGAGCCAUCCAGCCCAUCCUCGGGCAUUGAUGCCCUCAGCCACCACAGUCCCAGCGGCUCCUCGGACGCCAGCGGUGGCUUUGGCAUGGCCCUGGGCACCCACACCAACGGUCUAGAUUCGCCACCUAUGUUCACAGGUGCCGGGCUGGGAGGCACUCCGUGCCGCAAGAGCUACGAGGACUGUGCUAGUGGUAUUGUGGACGACAUCAAGUGCGAGUACAUGAUCAAUGCCAUCCCCAAGCGUCUGUGCCUGGUGUGCGGGGACAUUGCCUCUGGCUACCACUAUGGUGUCGCUUCCUGCGAGGCCUGCAAGGCGUUCUUCAAGAGAACCAUCCAAGGGAACAUCGAGUACAGCUGUCCGGCCACCAACGAGUGUGAGAUCACCAAACGGAGGCGCAAGUCCUGUCAGGCCUGCCGCUUCAUGAAAUGCCUCAAAGUGGGGAUGCUGAAGGAAGGUGUGCGCCUUGACCGAGUGCGUGGAGGCCGCCAGAAGUACAAGCGACGGCUGGACUCAGAAAAUGGCCCCUACCUGAGCUUACAGAUUUCCCCACCUGCUAAAAAGCCAAUGACUAAGAUCGUCUCCUAUCUGCUGGUGGCUGAACCAGACAAGCUGUACGCCAUGCCUCCCCCUGGUAUGCCUGAGGGGGAUAUCAAGGCCCUGACCACUCUCUGUGACUUGGCAGAUCGGGAGCUCGUGGUCAUCAUCGGCUGGGCCAAACACAUCCCUGGCUUCUCAAAUCUGUCGCUUGGGGACCAAAUGAGCCUGCUGCAGAGUGCCUGGAUGGAGAUCCUCAUCCUGGGCAUUGUGUACCGCUCGCUGCCCUACGAUGACAAGCUGGUGUACGCGGAGGACUACAUCAUGGACGAGGAGCACUCCCGCCUGGCAGGGCUGCUGGAGCUUUACCGAGCCAUCCUGCAGCUGGUGCGCAGGUACAAGAAGCUCAAGGUGGAGAAGGAGGAGUUUGUGACGCUUAAGGCCCUGGCUCUGGCCAACUCAGAUUCCAUGUACAUUGAGGACCUAGAGGCUGUGCAGAAGCUGCAGGACCUGCUGCAUGAGGCGCUGCAGGACUACGAGCUGAGCCAGCGCCACGAGGAGCCACGGAGGACAGGGAAGCUACUCCUGACACUGCCCCUGCUGCGGCAGACAGCGGCCAAAGCCGUGCAGCAUUUCUAUAGUGUGAAACUGCAGGGCAAGGUGCCCAUGCACAAACUCUUCCUGGAGAUGCUGGAAGCCAAGGUGUGAUGGCCCAGCUCACAGAUGGAUGGACACGAUCCUUGUGGAGACCUCCACGGCCACCAGCCUCGACUUUCCACACCUGCAUCGGGGCUCUGAGCUGUCCCAGAGGAAGAGGUUUCCUGCUUCCUGGCCAUGUGCAGACUCCUGGGGGCAGCAGAUGGGGAGACGGGGAUGGGAGGGC